AUGUCAGGAAAGGCACCAAAAAAGUUGUUCACUGAUCAAGAUGCUACAAUGGCUAAAGCCAUACCCAUCAUUAUGCCUGACACAACUCACCGAUUGUGUACUUGGCAUUUGAUGCAAAAUGCAUUAAAACAUGUUAAUUGUUUGUUCCAAGAUAAAGGGGUAAAAGGUAUACUAAAUAAGUUCUUCUUUCACAUUGAAGAUACAAAUCAAUGGAAGUUAGAGUGGGCGGAAAUGCUUGAUAAAUAUGAUGCGCAUGAAAACCAUUGGUUGAAAUUGACUUUUGCGAUGAAAGAAAAAUGGGGCUGGCCAUAUGUUAGAUCAACAUGGGCUGCGGAAAUGAGUACCACACAACUCAGUGAAUCUUUUAAUGCUUUUUUGAAGGAUUACAUUCGUUCUGAUUUUAACUUAAAUGAAUUCUUCAUGCAUUUCGAAAGGGUGCUUUACGAGAAGCGAUACAAGGAGUUAGAAGUAGGAUAUGCUUUGUGCCAAAGGUUACCAAAGGUGAAAGCAGAAGUCAGAAUGUUAAUUCAAAUGGGUAAUGUUUACACAAAAAAUAUAUUUGAGGAAUUUCAAAAUGAGUACUUUCGAUCCAUUGAAUCGGACAUAGAAGCAAUUGAAUAUUGCGAGGCUAGUACCAUUUACACAGUUGUUGAUGUUGGUAACAAACAUGCAAGGAAAGUGAAGAUGGAAAGGGAUGGCUCAUUGGGUUGUAAUUUUACAAAGUUUGAAAGGGAAGGAAUCUUGUGUUGUCACUCAUUGAAGGUUAUUAGAGACAUAUUGAAGAUGAAAGAGGUUCCUCCACAAUACAUUCUAAAGAGGUGGACCAAACAAGCAAGAGCCGAAACUGUGAAGGACAUUAAGGGGAAUGACAUUCAAGGGGAUGUGAAAUUGCAACAAGCCUCGCGGUAA